UACCAUACAAACCAUUGGUUAGUUUCUCAUCCAAAAACCAAAACCAGAUAAGAAGAUAAGGCCACGUGGCAAAAUCUCAAACUCAUUACUUCAUCCUUUCUCUCCAACACAACACAAAAUCUCUCCCAAUUUCUCUCCAAUUCUCCCAACACCACCAUGGCUUCACCAACACUCAUAACUCCAACUUCCACACCCAAAUCACUCCCACCCAUCAAAACCAAACCCACCACCAUCUCAGCCACCUUAUCACCAACCACCACCGUACACCAACGCCGCCGUGAGUUCCUCUCCACCACAUCCUCCAUCCUCACCACCACAUUUCUCGUUCACGUCGCCCCUGCAUUCGCUGCUUCAGAUGAAGAGUACGUGAAGGAAACAGAGGAGGUUAUUAGCAAGCUGAGAACAACCAUAACAAUGGACAAGAAUGACCCUAAUGUGGCUACUGCAGUUGCUGAACUAAGAGAGAAUUCAAACUCAUGGGUUGCUAAGUAUAGAAGGGAAAAAGCACUUCUUGCAAGAACUUCUUUUAGGGAUAUGUACUCUGCACUGAAUGCUGUUUCAGGGCAUUACAUUAGUUUUGGACCUACUGCUCCUAUUCCUGCAAAACGAAGGGCGAGGAUUUUAGAAGAAGUUGAAGUUGCUGAGAAAUCGCUUAAAAGGGGAAGAUAAAGUAAUUACUGUAUUUGGAGGAAAUGAAUUUUGGUUUUCAUUCCUAUGUUUAUGUUACUAGAUUCUUACUGUUUUUUCUUUCUCGUUUAAUGUUUGGUUUUUGUAUUGUUGUAUACUUUAAUUACAUUAAGAGGCAUAAUUUUUCUGUUAAUAAAAGGAGAAGAUUAUGAAUA